AUGAUAGAUCUAGGAAGAAUCACGCCAAAACUUCUUCUGGGUGCCACCGCACUCACCGGUUCCUACCUUCUAUACAUUUGGUAUUUUGACUACGAGAAACAACCUUCCCAUUAUCCUAAAAAUUUUAAGGCCGUCGUAUAUCGCAGACUUCCCACAAAUACCUUCUCCCAUUUCGUAGGCGCGGUGGGGGAUAUUACAAUCCCUUCAUUUCUUCGCAGCAUUGUGUUUGGCACAUUCGUAAAGCUUACCCACUGCAACAUGGCCGAGGCCAAAGAGUCCGAUCCCAGGAAAUACGCUACUCUGUCUCAGUUCUUUACUCGGGAAUUAGCACCCAAUACUCGUCCUCUUGAUAGCACAGCUGUCAUCACCUCACCUUGCGAUGGCACGGUGCUGUAUCUGGGUCCUGUCGACCUCGAGACGCGUAUACUGGAGCAGGUGAAAGGGAUCUCCUACAAUAUGGAUGAGUUCCUGGGCCCUCUGACAGACGACGGUACGCAAGCAGCAGCGAAGAAGGGCAAGACGGGCCACCGCCACCUUUACCAGUGCGUCAUCUACCUCGCACCCGGUGAUUAUCACCGCUUCCAAUCGCCUACCGACUGGACAGUCAGGAUUAGGCGCCAUUUUACGGGCAAGUUGCUCCCGCUUCGUCCUCUCUAUGUCAAAAAAUUACCUGGCCUCUUCACCCUCAACGAGCGUGUUGUUUAUCUCGGUGAGUGGAUGCACGGCUUCAUGAGUCUCACCGCCGUCGGUGCAGUUGGGGUGGGCUCCAUCAUUUCGGCUCCUUGUCUUGAUCCCGCCCUCUCCACUAACCUGCGCCACCUCUCGCCCUCCGAGGUGCAGGAGCCCGGUCUGCACUACCACGAAGCCGUUCUUGGUGCGGUGAAGAUGACGCCUGGUGCGCCGUUUGGUCAAUUUAAGCUUGGCUCUUCAAUUGUCCUUAUUUUUGAGGCGCCUCAGAGUGGCUUUGAAUGGGCGGUGAAAUCGGGAGAACGGAUCAAAUGUGGGGAGGCUUUGAUGCGCCCUGAGAAGAGCUGCAGCAGACGUUUUGAACGCUGUCAAAGGGUCAUCGGAAUUACUCUAAGGCUCAUAACUCAAGACGCACAACUCAAGUCGUCACUUCUUCAGUCUUCUAAGAGAGUUUAUUCUCUCUUGGAGAUGGAUUUAAAAGAGGUGCUCAGUGGCGCCAUUACACGUAGGAAGGAAUGGCAAAUGUGGCCUAUUAAUGACUUCCAGUUCACCCAUCGUGGCAGUCUGGGUCUAGACACUCUCAACCAAGAGCCCAGGCAGCGCCAAUACCUCCCUCUACGGUUUGUGGAGGGUCCUAACUGCCCUCCCUCCCCCUCCUUCACUCAGAACUGUUGCAUCAACGGUGGUGAUGGUGGUGAAAUGAUCGCCGAUAAUACCACUGAUGUCAAUCCGUGCGGUCAUCAUCGAACCCCCUACCCCACCCGCUAUCCAAAAUUGGGGGUCUCUGCGGUUUUACGAGCAAAAUCAGCCAGUCCCUCAGUCAAUCCGCUAUCAAGGAAUUGCGAAAGUCCCUUGAGACUGAAUGAACCUCCCCUGUUAACAUGUCGCUCUAGACCAGGUCUGAGACCCAUCAGAAUAAUUGAUAUGGCGCAUUUUCGGUUAAAGCGAAAGCAGUUUAGCAAGAACCUGCUACGGGAUGAAAAUGAUUCGGAGCUGCGACGCUCCUCAACGCUGCUGAUCCAAACCAAAAGGCAACCUUUGAAGGCAUACCAACAGAACACUUUGCCGUAUUUAACGCCUGGUCAGAGACAACAGGAUUUAGCCUUCUCGACACGAGGUCAGCAAGAUGCAUUGAGGACAGAUUUUGUGCCUCCUCUCCAACCCUAUUCCACAGGAAGAUGUCUGCGGAUUUACACCAAUCCGAAGGUCCGACGCCACAGCUCUGGUGAGACGGACUCUUUACAACGAUCCACUGACAAUAGUUUUAUGGAUCAAUGCGCUCUCGAAGCCGAUAACGGCCGUACUCGAAAACGGCGCAGUAUGCCAGUUCGUCCCAGUAAAAAAAUCAAGUCUCGAGACAGUCUAGACUCUGUGGGAUCGAAUAAUGUGUCCACCUCAACAACGGCAUCUACAAAAACGUCUUCUGAAGGUGGAAAGGCGGGCAUGAUGAUGCGUAUCCGAUCUCAGACCCAACUCGCAUAUGAAGCGGUCAAACGUGUCGUCAGAAGGCAUUCCAAACGUCGUUCAGGCUCAUAUGAAUUGCAACGGGAUGCAGAGAACUCGUAA